GCUGAAUUGUCUGAAGAGGAGAAAAAGAAAUUGACGAAGAAAUUGGAGCUGUGUAAAUACGGGAAGUUUCUCUUCAACGCGAGUCACUUCAAGUUGAAAAUGGCCCGCAUGUUCGAAUUGCAGGAGAAGAAGCAGCUCCACGUUACUUCGGUCGUGGAAAACCUUUCGUCGAAUUUCUCCACCUGCGAUUCGCCGCCACAAAUCAGGACGAAGACAAAACAAGCAGAGACGAGUCACCUUCGAGGUGGAGCGACAGCGUCUAGCAAGAGGACAGUCGAGUCCUCACGGUCUCUCCCCUCACCGAAAUUUGAUAUCGAAGCGCUGGAUUCGCCGCGGAUCGAUCUUAAUCUUCAUGCGAACAAUUAUGGUGGGGCAAAGCAGAUGAAUGAUCCGAAACCCGGCAAGGGCUUUGACCUGGCGAACAACGAUCUUGGCUACGAGAAAUACGACGUUGACGCAAUAAUCACCUCGCCGAAUAACCGGUAUAAUGAUGUCGACCACGACGACCUACGCAACGGCUCGAAAAUAGCAUUCACGCAAGGACAGCACGAACUCGAACCCCCCAUGGGAACCGUUCCUCCUCCGCCCGUGUCGACCCACCUCCCGUGGGAGGAUAUCGAGAUAGAGUUGGAGGUGGUCAGUGAGGAGGUUUUCGACGAGCUGCGCAAUGACGAGGAGGUCAAGAAACCCAAAAAUUCCCACGACGCGUGGCAGAAGCGGUUGGUCCAGUUUUGCGCCGGCAUCGGGGAGUACGCCAACAUGAACGCCAUCAUGACCAUCGUCGGCGAGUCGCUGUUCGAGGAAGAAACAAGGGAAAGCAACGGUCGUCCUCUGAAGAAGGGAAGCGGUGGAGUAGCAGCCGAAGAUACUGCAGUCUCUUCAAAAAUUACCAACAAAAAGAGCCGUCGCGAUUCCACGUUGACGUCCGACACUGGUUUCUCAACUGGACGCAGGUCCUCGUACGGCAGUGCACAAGAACCCCGCAUUUUUUUCCUUUGUCGUGCGAACUGCGAAGUUCCGAAGCCGCUUGACUUCAUUUGCGAUUUGAAGCACUCUCUGCAUGACAAGACACGCUUCGUCAACAACCUCCCAGACAGUACUGAUACAAUCCGCACGUGGCCUUGUCAUGGGAAAGCUACAUUUUUUGCAUCGCUUCAGUAGCUGCUCAUGCACUUCAAAUGCGGCGAAGCGGUGGGGUAGUUGUGCACUGUCAUAGAUCGGACAUAACUCUCCCCGGCAGAGGCAAGUAUAGCGACGAAGAAAUGGAGUUGAGAACUGAGGUGGCAAAAAUGAUGUUUGAGAACAUGGGAUUGGAGCAGUACGUUACUUCAAAAAACUCGAACAAGGGCAGUACUACUUCAUCUUCUUCCAAAACUGCAGCUACCGCUGCCUCUGGAGCGAAAGUUGCUUCUUCCUCUGCUUUAGACGACUUCGACAAAGAAGACCUGUCGAGGGGCAUCGAUGACCAAGAAAAUCCGCAGCCGCUUUUCAACCGGGAGGGCGGAAGAAUUCUGCCGACAGAAGGAGAGCUGCUCGCUGCUCGUGCAGCAAGAGACGCAGUUACUAGGUCGACGGCGUCAAGUGCAGCUGGCCACAUAGAAAAUCACCAUGGUGAAAACGUCGACCACAAGGAGCGAGACUACCGAUCGUCCUAUGGUAGCACACUCAACAAAGAAAUCACCUUUUUCAACUACAAACACACUUCGGACAAGCGCAGAAAAGCGCUGAAAAAAGCGACCGACGAGUUUCGCCGAGCGAAGAUUUCAGUGGAAUUCGAUCGCGUUUCGUACAACGGAAAAAACUGGGCGAAGCGGUACGCGAAUGUGCUGGAGGCGCUGAUCGGUGCCUUGGAAAUUGUCUUUCAGAACGCGAAGACGGGCGGAGCUUUUGCCGACCACGACGAGCACCAGCAGCACAGCACGAGUUCUUCGGGCGCACCCGCUUGUUCGUCGUCCUCCCCACAAGGAGACCCCGUGCGAAGGUUCGACCUGCUGAGAAAAAAUUUCCACUCACUGACCGGAUCUGGGGCCACUACUUGUUCUGCUAAGAUUAUGGACAACAUCAACCAGGAUCCUACCUUAGCAGCCUUGCUGUCGGCUCCAAACGAUAGCGCAGCCUUCCCAAUCGCGGUCCAGCUGCUGGCUUCCGGGUGCCAGAAGUUGAUCCUUGCCAUGAUCAUGACGGUCUUUUACCAGCCGGCGCAGUUUUCAAACAACAAAAUCAACGUCGCGAGGCUGAUCGAGAGCGACAACAUACCGGCCUACGAGUCGGACCUCAAGAUGCUGAAGAGAAGAUUUUUCGACGACUACCCGGGUCUGCACAAGAAGCUGGUGAUGGAGCAGGUGCGGAUCGUGAAGACGUGCAUCAGUUACCUGGUUUCCGCCCAUCUGAUCCACGACCCGAGGACGAAAAUUUUGCCAACCUCGUUGCAGCUGGCGGGAAAAAUGACGACGUUGACGAAGCAGCCCGCGUUUUCGAGGGAACUGAUCGUCAAGCAGCUGGCGAAGUCGCAAAUCUGCAAGAUGGUUAGCGCAGAAGAAUGCUGGAAGGUCGUGAAGAUCAGGAACGAUUCCGAUUGCGAUUCUUCUUUCAGUUCCACCACGGAAUUAUGCGCUGUCACUUUCGCAUCCACACUGCAGCACUGUUUUUCCCCCUUUGUGCGGAACCACUUUUUCCAGCGUGUGCCGACCUACGACAAGAUUCUCGCCUUCUUUCAGUACUUGCUAUUGCGGCAAAUACAACGAGCAACGAGCACUACGACGAGUUCUCUUCAAGCGAAAAACAUGAGGCACUUCAUCACUUUGCUCCGCGAGCAGGAGAAGUUACUGAAGGUACCGGAAGAGAUUGAGUACACGGUGGACCGGUACGACGAAGCUAAGGGCGGAUGGUACAAGUACUGUUUUCUCUGCGGAAAGCACAACGACCACGCUUGUCGGGCAAAGAAGGACGGGUUUGCCGAGUUCUGGAGCUACCGCAGAGGGGACAUCAUGUUUGAAAUGCAGAAAAUAAACGGGAAAAAUGGCGUGGAGAAGGAGAUCGAAAAGUUGAAAGCGCUGCAAAUAGUAGACGAAGGAAUGUAAGUAGCUGCGAUCAUCUUCACGUACGGAGAGCAGGGAACAAAACAAAAAAAAUUACGGCCUUGACACAAGAGCCUGGAGACGCGGCGAGCGGAAUCCGAUAUAUCGGAUUGGGAAGCGGAUGCAGAUGGUGUACUUUCGAGUGGUUUUUGUUCUCUGGCGAGCACAAUUUCGGGAGAGGUUUCCGGCCAGGGGUCCGACGUUUGCAAAUUUUUUCGAGCUGUGGAGGACGAUCGCGAUCAUCCCACAGAACUGGUUCGGAGCGGACGACCUGAUUUUGUACCAAAGAAGAAUGAAAAGUAAAAAACUACUACCCAUAUAAUUAUCGUGAGAUGAUCACGAAGAAGUCGCGGUGAGCCCUCUUUCGCAUCCUUCGACGUGCGCUGCAAAGUAGCGGAAACUUCGUUGACGAAAGAGUGUAAGUCACGCCUUUCUCCGCCCCGAUCGUGCCUCGAUUUGGAGUUGACACGCUAAAGCUUUUGGUCUCAUGUCCACCACAAAAACAUUUUUUGAAAAACAGAGAGUUCAGAUACUAACUUACUUACGUCAAUCAGCUACUCUACGUAGAUGUUGUAUAGGAAAGUGAAAAGCUUGAGCUUGACGGACUGGCGCGGGAGCGACGACUUAAAAUUUUGCACACAUCAUGAAGGUAAUAUUUACGCAACAUGAAAGAAAACACAGUUUACUUGAACCUACGGUCAACAAGAACGUACUCAUACGGGUGAGGGAU